CCGCCCCCACCCUGCCCGCCGCACUUCCGGGGGCGCCACAUAAGUCCCGAGCGCGGAGGGCCGGCGGCGCCGCUGCUAAGCGAUCGGGGAAAGGUUGCGGGUGUGCCCGUACCUCUGCUGGAGCAGGUUGCAAUGGUCCGUAGUGGGAAAAAUGGUGGACUCCACCUGAAACAAAUUGCAUACUACAAGAGAACGGGGGAGUACCAUCCUACAACGCUAUCAAGUGAAAGAAGUGGAAUCAGAAGAGCAGCCAAAAAAUUUGUUUUCAAAGAAAAUAAAUUGUUCUAUGUUGGAAAAGACAGAAAACAAAUGCGCCUCGUGAUUGUUUCAGAUGAAGAAAAGAAAAAGGUGCUUCAGAAAUGCCAUGAAAAUGCUGCAGGCACUCAUCACGGCAUAUCAAGGACACUGACUUUGGUGGAAUCUAAUUACUAUUGGACUUCUGUAACAAAUGAUGUUAAACAGUGGGUGUAUGCAUGUCAGCAGUGCCAAGUGGCAAAGAGUAUGACCACCACCACACUCAAACCAUACCCUAUCAAAGCAGAAGACCCCUGGACAGCAGUCACUGUAGCCUUAAUGGGACCUUUUAGAGCUACCAAAAGAAGCCACAAGUAUGUCAUGAUCAUGAUAGAUUUGUUCACAAAAUGGACUGUUAUCUUGCCUCUGCAUGAUACUUCAGCAGCUGAAAUUGCUAAGGGAAUCAUCAGUGUGUUUUUCUUGUACGGACCACCUCAAAAAAUGCCUAUUGACCAAGGGAAGGAGCUUGUUCAUCAGAUAAACAAAGAACUAUUUGCACUAUUUGGAAUGAAACAAAUAGUAUUGUCUUAUCCUCAAACCAAUGAAGUAAAUGAAAGAACAUGCAAGACAGUCAAAGCUUUCCUUAACAAAUACUGCACAGAUCAUCCAAACGAUUGGGAUGAACAUUUGUCUGCUAUUGCCUAUGCUUUCAAUUUGACUAAUUUGGUGCCUGAUCAAAACACCCCAUAUUUCCAAAUGUUUAAUCGUAACCCAUAUGUUAUUGAACCAAUGAGCAUGUGUGUGGAAGGAGAAGACAAUAUGUUUGCAAAAAUAUUUGAGGCAACUAGAGGAGCUAGUCAAGCACUUGAAGAAGAGAGAACCUUGGAUGGCCAGGUGGAGAAAACCACUUCAGGUGAACAGAAACCCAGAAAUAAAAUCACUGUCAAAAGGAAGCCAAAGAAAUUAAAUACUCUUCGACUCAAAGUUGGUCAUGAAGUCCUCAGACAAAGAAAAAAUUGGUGGAAAGAUGGUCGUUUCCAGUCAGAAUGGGUUGGUCCUUGUAUUAUAGAUUAUAUCACAGAAAAUGGCUGUGCAAUAUUAAGAGAUGCCACAGGCUCCAGACUGAAAAGGCCCAUCAAGAUGUCUCACCUCAGGCCAUACAUGAGAGGGUCCAAUGAAAAAGACAACCGCUACUACUUACAAGGUGCAAUAGUUGUUGACCAUGACUACAUUGGCUUAUCUGAGAGAUCAUAUCAUGCAGACCAGCAGGAUCCUGCUGCUGAAGAAGAAAUAAAUGCCUGUGUGAGAGGUGUCAUGUCUGCUGUGCAAAUGCCACCUUCCGCCUGCAAAGACCAAGAGUCAGCAGAUGAUAGACAUCAGUCGGAGCUAACAGAAGAUCAUUGCGUUGAACCAAAUGGUGCAAAGCCAGAACAACGGCCUUCACCUUGCUGGACGCUUCAGACCAAGUUAGAAGAUACUUAAGCAGUCUCGUGGCAUUUCAUUGACAAACAGUUUGGAGCACACAUGGCGGACUGACAAAGUUUGAAUAGCUCCAAGUUCCUCAGCCAAAUCCACUUUGCUGUGUGAAGAAUACUGCAGGUGUACAGUUAUUAGUUUACAUGGGCAUUAACAAGCAAUCGCUCUGUUAAUAAAAUUUAGGCACAACCUAGUAAAAGCACAUGUUCUCCUACUGUGUACGUUCAAGAACAAUGUAGGUGUCCAGUGUUAAUUUAAGUGAACACUGAGAAGUAAGCAUUCGAUUACCAGUACUUUCACAACCUAGUAAAAGCACAAGUUCUCAUGCCUUUGAAGUUCAGUUUCUAUUAGUAAAAUGAUUACAAGGCCCACCUUUACUGUUACCCUCUCAGGACACAACAUGUUUCACUAUAAUGACCUUUUUGUUAGUUCUCAUUUGACUCAUUCCUACCAUGUAGAGGUGUUUUGGGAUCAGUGUAAUCUAAACAACGUAAAUUCUGUCUUCCCUGUAGAAAGGCAAAUAAGCUGAUGUCUUCCUGUUAUAAAACUGUUUUUUGUUUUUCAUGAGAAGCUGCAAGCUCUGAUUUUUACAGCUUAAACUUAUAUGUCAGCCCACAGCUCUAAGGUGUCACAAAACCAUAAAGCUGCCAAAAGUACAGGUAAUGUUUUGCAUGGGGAACAGUGAGGCCUUCAGCUGCUCCCUGCUCAUCAAAACUCUGCUAGGAGAGCAGUUUUAGUUCCUCACGCAUGCCAAAAUCUUAAGAGCAGUCAGCAUUCAUUUGUUCUUCCUUCACAAACAUCUGGU